AUACAGUUUUUCAAUUUUAAUUACGGACUUGAAUCAUUUUUAUCGGCAGUGUCGCCAAAUUAUUUUAGUUCCACACGCGAAACUUGACGUGGUGACACCGGUGACACGUGACAUUAGUGUGCAGAACAGUGCAGAAAAGAAAGACCGUAAUGGGAAUGAUUGUUCUUACGUUUUUUUCUGAUUGAAUUUAACCUUUUCCGCGCGGCAGAAAAUUUGAUUGACCGUACCAAUUUCCGCCGUGUGACAAGCACUAUCACCUCCAAUAGGUCAUAAGAUUGAACUAGUCUCCGCAUUAUAUUUUUGCUAGCAUCUACCGGCGUGUAAUAACCUAAUAUAGUCUUAUUUUUUACAUCAUAACCUUUCGCUUGACGUAAUGAUCAAAUAUCACCGGCAGCUAAUAAAACUAAUAAGCGAACAAGUGAAGAAAUACAAAUUGCUUCACAGUGCAAAGGGGAUCGUAGAAAAUGCCACGGAAAAGGCACAGAGCAAACUCUCCAAUGCACAGAAUGUCGCAACCGAAAAAUACAAUAUUGUUGCGAAAAAACUUAAUGACCAGGUUGUCAUAAUGCAAGAUUUAAAUGCCAAGGCACUAGAACCAAAUGCACCGUUGCCAGGAAAAAUCAUUAAAUGGUGGCAAUGGUACAAUCAGUUAAUAGGAAUGGACACAGUUGAAGCAUCCAGGAGACAAGUAAUUGCCCUUCAGGAUAAGCUAUUUAAAUGUCAUGACAAUAGGAUAACUCUGAAUAAAGAAUUCAUAAAUAUUACUUAUAAACUGCAAGAUCUCUACGCAGAGUUGUUAUUAACGAAGCGAGAGGAUCCAAAGUUUUUGCAGUUAACAACGGAGGAACACAGGUCUUUACAGGAAAAACAGAAGUUCCUUAACCAGAUAGAAUUAUUGGAGAAAGAAGAGAGGGACAGUUUCACACAGUUGGCAACUGCUCUGAAAGACUAUCAAGUUAACCAAAACUUAAAUGCACAGAAAUACAAGUAUUUAUCUAUCAUCGCUUCUGCCAUAAUAGCGAUCGCAUCAUUAAUCGGUUCAAUAGUAGUUAACAACAAGAGGAUACUAGACGUACGAUGUACCAUAGAAGUAGCACAAGAAAAAAAUAUGCACGAAUUAUCCAACAUUCAAAAUAUGUUGAAAUCAGUCGAAACCAAAUUUUCCCAACAAUUAGCAAAUAUCUAUAAAAAACAAGAAAAAGUAGAUGCAAUAGAUGUAAAGAAAGAAACAAGUAAUACGUCUAAUAUUCUUGUAUCUUCUGCCAAGUAUUCAGCAAAUUUGUUAAUUUCAGGAUUAAGUUAUAUUAAGAAGGGUAUAUAUCUAUGUGGAUCUUAUAUUUUUUACAAGUAACAGUUUAUGUACAAAAUUUACUAUUAUUUACUAUAAUUGGUAACAUACAUAAAAAUUGGACAAUUAUUAUCAAGAGCUAUUGGUAAAAAUAUGCAAGACUGACAUAAAGUUUUCUCUUGUAAGGUGAUAGAAAUCGUGCUUGCUGUAUACUUGCCAGGCAAAUUGUUUCCUAUUUUUUUAUAACUUUUACAUAAAAACGCAUGUUGUAAGCAUUUAUUUUCACUAGAACAUCAUAUGCAUUAUAAUAUCGUACAAUUUUAACUAUAAAUUAUAUAUCUAGUUAAAUCGAAGUGUUACAGAUCAUAAUAUAUGUAAUGUUAAUGACUUCAUAUAUUUAAUUGUAACAUAAAAUUUUAUAAGUGCAAAUUAUUAAAUAGUCGUGUAAUGGAAAGACGAAAUUCUCAUUCUCAGGUAUUAAUUGAUAUAUGUAUACCUUGUCAUAUAAAAAAUGUGAUGUGUAAAUGUAACUGAGGAUUGAACAUAAUUAUUGCAUGCAAGAAACAAUGAAAAUUUAAUUAAGUUAAUUUAAAAAAUUAUUUGUUACGACUGCCAAGAUUUCCACUCCAUGCCAUCUGGUGGUUUUCUUUCGACAGUUUUUUGCCCUACCUCUUCCCAAUUAGUGCUUAAGACAGUGCCACCAGAUUCUAG